GUCUACUGCACACCUUUCAGGAUGAAUGGCUAUAAAAUAGUGUGGUCAAGGGUCAUCAAGUGUGUUUGCCUCAUCUGCCCGGCUGUCAUCGCAAUACCAAAGAAGGGAAAUGUGGAGCGGCAUUUUCGGACGGUUUAUGGAAAAUACGGCAAUGACUUUCCGCCAAAAAGCCAGCUGAGAAAGAAAAAGGUGGAGGAACUAAAUUCACAGUUGUUCACUCAACAAACUUCAAAAGCGAAAGCCGCCACCGAAGCAUUGUUCCGGGUGAGUCACCCCAUUGUUAAAAACAAUAAGUCCUUCCAAGUCGGAGAGAUGGUAAAAGAAGCAUUCGUUGAAGCAGCUGUGUGACGGCCCUGUUGUCACAGUCCUGUGCGUGUCAUGUGAUUUACUAACUAUCAAUUAAGGUCCUCAAUGUGGGAGGCGCUUCCAUCACCUGGAUGGUAUAUAAGGAGCACCGUUCCAUUCAUGGGGGUGACUGCAGAAGCCACCACGCGCAGACGACCCGAAGAUCCAGGCUGAAACCAGGCUGAAGGGGCCAGGAGUGAUGUCUCCUAGACAAUUCAAUUCUUUUAAUAAUAAACGCCUUUCAUGGGCUUAAUAUCACUGGUUGCCGUGUCCCCCUAAUUUUGUUGGGGCUUAACAAAUGGGGGCUCGUCAAACACAAGACUUUUGCAAUUUGGAAAAUUGUUGGUUUGAGUGUGUGACGUUUUCAUUCACCUUUUUCCUGUUUGUAGGAGUGAGCAGUGACAACACCGUUGGGGGUGGGACAAGGCUUUGUUAACCAGUUUGUUUGUUGUAGGCAGCUGUGGUGCGUUUUGUUGGUUGGUCUAAAAGACAGGUGAGUGAAAUAUUGUGGGGUUUGUGCGUCAGAGUGGUUCUCUUUUUGUGAUUGUGUCUCCUGACAGGCUAAGAGGUGCUGUUGCUUUAGACUUCACCUGUUUGUUGUUUUAGUAGUGUUGUGGGGGUUUGCGGUUGGCGUUCACUGUGCAAGCAGUGAUCUCGGGGGCAAUCCGUGAGAUUAAUUUCUCACUGGUUUGGUGCUUAAUAAACCCGCCACCGAUCCACGUGAAGAGCCAGGAAUCAGUUAAACAGGUGAGUUCUGACAGGCAGGUAAAGUAUAGUGGGGACAUGAUUGCUUUGGAACCAUUACGCAUUCUUUCACUUUAAGCUGUAUUUGUCGUUUAGUUUGUGUUUUUCUCCUGUAGUGUAUGAUUGCGGUUUUUCUUAAAAAUAUGGAGUUUGAUCUGGACGACUUUGUAGCUAAACCUUCUUUGGAGAAGUUUCAUGCUGCUCGUAAAAGUGAUCUCGUAGCCAUUGCUGCUCAGUUUGAAAUACCUGUGAUUAAACAAGAGAAAAAGAAGGUUAUUUUUUGCUCAUUGAUUGAGCAAAACGUUUUGCCACCUCCCGAAUCAACCACCCAGGGUGACGUUGGGGCGUCUCCGAGUGAGGUGCGCAAAAUGGAAUUGGAGUUAGAGAUGCGUCGUUUGGAGCUCCGAGAGAAAGAGCUGCAGCAUCAGGUGGAGAUGCGCAAAUUAGAAUUGGAGGCAGCUGCGAGGCGCGACUCGGCGCGCGUUUCAGUUGAUCAAGAUGGCAGUUCUGCAGGGGCAGAGUUUGAUAUCAACAAAUGUAUUUGCUUGGUUCCACCUUUUACCGAAUUGGAUGUGGAUAAAUAUUUCAUCCUGUUUGAACGUGUGGCAAAAACACUGAGGUGUCCUCAGGAUGUUUGGCCGCUGCUUCUGCAGUGUGUGUUCACUGGUAAAGCACAGGAAGCCUAUGCCUCGCUGUCACCUAGUGACAGUUUAAAUUAUGAUAAAGUGAAGAGUGCAGUGGAAAAAGCUUAUGAGCUCAUGCCGGUGGCAUAUAGGCAGAAAUUUCGCCGCUAUAAAAAAGCCGAUCAUCAGAGUUAUACUGAGUUAGGUCGCGUUAAAACUGCUUUAUUUGAUCGGUGGUGUGCUGCACAAGAUGUUAAGAAUUGUGAUCAGCUCCGCGAUCUGAUGUUGUUGGAGGAAUUUAAAAACUGCUUACCGGAAGACAUUGCAACUUACAUUAAUGAACAGAAAGCUAAAAACAUUUCUGUGACCGCGGGGUUGGCGGACGAGUACGUGCUGACUCAUAAGGAUUAUUCGGGUUCUGUGGGUUUUAAACGCUAUUUUGGCCGAGAUGUGAGCCGCAGUGAUCGGGUUGGUGGUGUCACUAAGCAAAUGGAGACGAGGCAGUUUAAAAAUCCGGUUGUUCGGGAUGAUAAUCGGGUUUGUCACUACUGUCACAGACGCGGACAUAUUAAAGAAGAUUGUCAUCAGCCUAAGGGUGAAACAAAAAAAAUUCAAACUGCUCCUAAAGGAGUUGGUUUGGCUGCGCCAGUGCGGAGUCCUUUAGAGGACACGAAGAACACUCCGUCUUCUGAAGUAGGUGUUUCAUACCUACCUUUCAUUCGUGAGGGGUAUGUGUCACUGUCAAAUGGCGAGGGAAAGGUUCGAGUUAAGAUUCUGAGAGACACUGGGGCGUUUGACUCUUUUAUUAGAGCUGACGUGUUGCCGUUCUCGGCUGAGUCUGAGACAGAUGCCUGUGUUCCAAUUCUGGGAAUGGGAUUAAACAUGAUGUUUCUGUGUUUCUUGAUUGCGAACUGUUUGUUGGUGACAUGCAAUUGCCCGUGCGCCCUGCUUUGCCAAUUGAUGGCGUCUCUGUGAUUUUGGGUAACGGUUUAGCAGGAACUCGUUUGUGGGCGGACGCUGCGCCAUUAGACGGCCUGGUUACGUCAGAGCCAGUUGAGCAAGUCAUUCCUCAGACUGAGGGGAACGGGGAAUUUGCAGAUGUGCUUACCGCAUGCGCAGUUACUCGGGCCAUGGCGCGCGGUCAGAGUGUGAGACGAGAAAUGUGUGAAAAUUAAUUUGCCUUUGUCUAGUUUUCCCAUGUCUCUGUCUCGCAGUGAGUUCGUGACGGAACAACAAGCUGAUGUUUCACUGAAGACUCUUUUCGAUCAGGUUCGCCCAUUAAGUGAAAUAACUGAUUGUGCUUGUGGAUAUUUCCUGCAGGAUUCAUUGUUGGUGAGGAAAUGGUUACCACAUGCUGACGUUGUGGGUGAGCCAGUAUUACAAAUAGUGGUUCCCAUCAAGCUACGCUCCGCAGUGUUGAAAGUUGCUCAUGAUGAAUCUGGCCAUUCUGGUGUACGUAAGACGUAUGAUCGAGUUUGCGACAUUUUUUCUGGCCCCGUCUUAAAAAGGACGUUUCGUCUUAUAUUAAGAUGUGUCAUGUCUGUCAGCUCAUUGCUAAGCCCAAUCAGGUUUUGAAACCGUUCCCUUUAAGCCCAAUUAUCGCUGCAUCUGAACCAUUUGAACAUUUGAUCAUAGAUUGCGUGGGUCCGUUGCCUCGCUCAAAGGCUGGGUCUUCAUAUCUACUCACUGUGAUGUGUCAAACUACACGUUAUCCAGCAGUUCUUACUCAGUUCUUUUCGGUGUUUGGCAUCCCUAAAGUAAUACAGUCUGACCAAGGAACAAAUCUUUCAUCACAUUUGUUCAGUCAGGUUUUGAAACAGCUGUGGGUGCAACACAGUAAAGCGACAGCAUAUCAUCCAGAGAGUCAGGGGGCAUUAGAGCGCUUCCACUAGUCUCUGAAGUCUUUCUUACGCGCUUACUGUACAGAACUGGCAGGCGACUGGGAGGAAGGUUUGCCUUGGCUGAAGGUUUGCCUUGGCUGCCUUGGCCGCCAGGGACGUAACACAAGAAAGCACUGGGUUUAGCCCAAAUGAAUUGG